AUGUUCAGGUCAAUCACUAAGGCCUCCAUAGGAAGGCUCAGAUGGAACUCAACAUCUACCAAGUCCCCCACGGGAGUCGUGUUCAUGAACAUGGGAGGCCCUAACAAGACCAACGAAACCAAUGAUUUUUUGACCAGAUUAUUCUCAGAUAAAGAUUUGAUUCCUCUAGGGCCAUUUCAGAACAUCACGGGUAAGCUAAUUGCAAAGAUGAGAACCAAGAGCAUUGAGGAAAAGUAUGACGAAAUUGGCGGUGGCUCUCCUAUCAGAUACUGGUCAGAAUACCAGUGCGAGAGAGUUUGCAAAAGACUUGACGAGAUUCUGCCCGAGCUGGCUCCACACAAGCCAUAUGUUGCCUUUAGGUACGCCAAACCAUUGACCGAGGAUAUGUUGGUAAAGUUGAAGGAAGACGGUGUGAAAAGAGCCGUAGCAUUUUCUCAGUACCCCCAGUGGUCGAGUUCCACGUCAGCCUCUUCAAUGCACGAGUUGUUUCGCCAACUGAAGGUUUUUGAUCCGGAGAAGACCAUUAAAUGGUCGUUCAUUGACAGAUGGCCCAAGGCUGAUUGCUUGGUGAACCCCUUUGCCAGAUUGAUCAACGACAAGCUCGAGGAAUUUCCUGCUGAGGAUCGUGAUAAGGUUGUGAUUUUAUUUUCGGCGCACUCUUUGCCCAUGGAGAUUGUCAACCGUGGUGACUCGUACCCUGCUGAGGUUGCUGCCUCUGUGUAUGCCAUCAUGGAGAAAUUGAAGUUCAAGAACCCAUAUCGCUUGGUGUGGCAGUCAAAAGUAGGACCACGUCCUUGGUUGGGUGCCCAAACUACCAGCAUCGUUGAGAAGUUGGAGCUUCAGCACGACGACGUCAAGGGCCUCAUUUUGGUGCCAGUUGCAUUUACAUCUGAUCACAUUGAAACACUUCACGAGCUUGACAUUGAGCUUUUGGAGGAAGCCAAGAACCCUAAAAUCAUCAAGCGUGCUGCAUCUCUCAACGACGACGAGGAGUUUAUUUCUGGGUUGGCUGACUUGGUAAAGGAACAUAUCGAGUCUGGACGCCCAUACUCGAGCCAAUUAGAAUUGGACUGGUUAUUAAGCAAAAAGUACACUUCAGACACGUUUGACCACCCCAGAGAAUUAUUCUCUGGCCACUAG